AUGGCCCCGCAACGCCCUUCCAAUUGGGACCCUAUAAUGCUCAUAUCUCAGAUAGUAGCCAUGCAAUCAUUACACUACCUUACGCUCGCAACUCUCGCACCACCACUGCUCGCCAUCUUUGCCGCGCCGGAAGCCCUGGCUUAUGAAGGAGGAGCAGCCAGCGUAGGGAUGGUUAUGGACUGGCGGGAAAUUGCGGGCCGGCCCACGUUUCGAUUGCUACAUGGAGAGGAACGUUGGAACGCGUUCGCGGGGGCAUGGAGUGGAGGGAAGAAGUUGACAGAGGGCGGUACGCAGCCAGGCGUGGACCCGUUGAGAGGAUGGGUUCUGGGCGUGGCUUGGGUGCUUGCGUCGACUGUAGAUGCAUAUUACCUCUUCGCGAUCGUGCGCCGGCCACGGCUCAUCCUCGAUUUCGCACUCACUUUACUCUUUAAUCAUCUCGUCAUUACGACGUACUAUGCUGCCGCGGUACCGACAUCUCUGUUCUUCUGGGCUGUCGUCCUCGCGGGUGCGGCGCUGACAGUCAUUCUCGGCGAACAGCUGUGUGUCAAGCGCGAGAUGACCGAGGGCCUCGCGGUUGUCAGAGGGUCGGAUGGUGAAAAUGUGGAGAUGGAAGGGCUUAUGCAGCGGCGAGAUUAG